GUUAAUAACAAAAUAAAGCCCAGAUUUUUGCCAAACUUUAUCCCUUCCAAAUGAAGAUCAAGAAUCCAGCCAAAAAAACUAAUCAUUACAAACUGAGAACUGUUGGCUAACAUUUCACUAUAAAACCAAGCUUGACUUAGAGCAGUAAUAUUGUGGAUUUGCAGAAGCAGAAAGUUUAGUAGUAGUAAUAAUAGUGAUAGAAGAGAAGAGUUUUCUCUCUCUGUCACGUUGCCUCCUCUCUCAUAUAAAAAAGAAAAAAGCCAUUUCCCUUUCUUCUCUGCUGCUACUGUAGGCUUUUUACCUUUUUUUCUGCUUCUUUUGAAACCCCUUUUAGCACAAUCUUUUCUUGUUUUUGUUGUUUUUUACUAAGACCCUUUUGGUUAUUCUUUCUCUUUUGAACCAAAAAAAAAAAUGUUAUCUGGGGUGAAUGGUAUGGGUUGGAUGGAUGGUAAGGAGGAUGAAGGAACAGGUUCUUGGGUUAAUCAGAAUAACAUGAACAAUGAAAAUCAUCAACAUAAUAAUGGUGGGAUGGAGAACAGAAAUGAUAUGGAGAUGGGUGGACUUAAUAAUUUCAAAUCCAUGCUUGAUGGUGAAGAUGUAGACUGGUACAUGGGCGGUGCUAGUAAUAAUCAUCAUAACAACAACAACAACAACAAUGGUGGUGGUGGUAACAUGCAGAGCCAUAUUUCUUUCCCUGCGAAUUUCACUGAAGCUGACAACAAUUUGCUUCUGCAGCCUGUGGAUUCUUCAUCUUCUUGUUCGCCUGGUUCUGGUAAUGUUUUCAACAACCUUGACCCUUCUCAGGUACACUUCUUCAUGCCCACUAAAUCCACCAUUCCUCCUUUGCUCAGUGGGUUAUCCAACAACCCAUUAGAGAACAGUUUCGAUUUGGGCUGUGACAAUUCGUUGGGGGUCUUUAAUCGAGGUGGGAACGGCAUAAUGAAUACUGGGUUUCAUCAUUUGAACGCACAAAAUCAAUUGGGGCCGAACAAUCUGAGUUCGUUUCCUCAAUUUACUUGUCCCAAUCUGCUCCAGAUGCCUCAGGCAGCUGGUGGGUUUGGUUCAUUUGGGUUUGGGGACAACAAUUCUGCAAACGGAAACUCUUUGUUUCUCAAUAGGUCUAAGUUACUUAAGCCUCUAGAUAACUUUGCUUCGAUUGGAGCACAACCAACUCUUUUCCAGAAGAGGGCUGCUAAAAACUUGGCCAACAAUGGUGAAAAUUUGGCGGGGUUAGGUACUGAAAUAGGGCAGUCUUCCAGCACUCUGGAAGGUUAUGAUAAGAAUAAGGAAUGGAACGAUAGAAAAAGAAAGUACACCAUCAGUGAGGAGAUUGAUGAUGUUAGCAUCGAUGGAACUUUAAAUUAUGAUUCGGAUGAUUUUAUCGAUAACUCUAAUAAAACUGAAGAUGGUGUUAAGAAUGGAGAAAACAGCUCAAAUGCAGCUAGCACUGUCACUGGUGCUGAUCAAAAAGGGAAGAGGAAAGGGCUACCCGCCAAGAAUCUGAUGGCCGAACGCCGUCGCAGGAAGAAACUCAAUGACAGGCUUUACAUGCUGAGAUCUGUUGUCCCAAAGAUUAGUAAGAUGGACAGGGCCUCAAUCUUAGGAGACGCAAUUGAGUACUUAAAGGAGCUUCUGCAGAAUAUCAAUGAGCUGCAUAAUGAGUUGGAGUCCACACCACCCAACUCUUCUUUGAGUCCGGCUACAAGUUUCUAUCCUCUGACACCGACUGGACCAGCUCUGCCUAGUCGUAUAAAGGAAGAGCUUAUUCCGAGUACUUUUGCGAGCCCCCUGUCCAGCCCUACUGGACAACCUGCUAGGGUUGAAGUGAAGGCCAGGGAAGGAAGAGCGGUGAACAUUCAUAUGAUCUGCAGCCGCAAACCAGGGGUUUUACUCUCAACAAUGAGGGCUUUGGACAAUCUUGGACUGGACAUUCAACAGGCUGUUAUCAGCUGCUUCAAUGGGUUUGUGUUGGAUAUCUUCCGAGCUGAGCAAUCGAAUGAAGGUCAAGACAUCCAUCCAGAUCAGAUCAAAGCAGUGUUGCUGGACUCUGCUGGCUUCCAUGGGGGGAUGAUAUAAGCUGCUGUGGUUUACCAAGGAGAGCCUCUAUCGAAGAUUUUGGACCUCAGGCUGCUAUAGGCUUUUAGACUAAAGGACUUCCUAUGUUCCUUUCCUAGUUAUGUUUUCAUGCUAUUAAAUGGUUACGGACCAUUGUGGUCCGACCCUUCCCGGAACUCCGCACAUAGCGGGGAGCUUAGUGCACCGGACUGUCCUUUUUUUUUUUUAGUCAGUUAUAUUGGUGUUUUCUUUAGGAGAAACAUUGAGCAUAUUAAGCUCCAAAACUGAAUGCUAUAAUAUUCCUUUCACAAGUUUUUAGUCCA